AUGCUCGAGUUGUCUUCCCGACCUGUCCAAACUUAUGAGCAGGGCCUCGUAGCCUCACCAGACCCAGCCUUGAUGUCAUUUGCACUUCUUACAGCAAACCUCCUGUCAUGCAAACGGUCUAUGAUUUCACUCAUCGACCAUGAAAGAAUAUAUAUCAUCGCUGAAUCUACACGCACGUUAUCAGUCACCGUCCCACACACCCAUGCACCAGGUGAUGAUCUAUGGUUGGGAGGGUGCUUGUCGAUACCUAGGGAAGGAGGAUUGUGCGAGAGAACCGUUUCGUUGCUGGCACCUACUGAGGUUCAUGAUGACGGUAUGAUGAUUUUUGAAGUUCCAGAUCUCACCAAAGAACCAGUUUAUCAGAACGAAGAUUACGUCACUGGAUGGCCCGAUAUGAAAUUCUAUGCUGGUGUCCCGCUCCGAACAAGGAGCGGCUUCUCUAUUGGAAGUUUAUGUGUCAUUGACGAUAAGCCACACCCGGGUGGACUCAAAGAUGAUGCUAAGUUAACAUUGGCGAAGAUGGCGGAAACGGUCAUGGGCCACCUCGAGAGAGUUCAGGCAGAGCGGGAUAUGAAGAGAGGAAGAAAUAUGGAGUUGGGAAUUUCGAGGUUUUUAGCAGGGAAUUUCAGAAAUGAGCGUGCGGAGAUGGAUGAUGAGGAAUUUGCGGAAAGAGUUCGGUAUGAGCAAAGAUCGCAGGAAAAGAGGAGAAUGGAGUCUGAAAGGUUGAGAUGGAUUGAUCAAAUGGAGAGGCAGCAGAAAAACAAUAUGGGGACAGAUAUAGUGCCAGAAGGGGUCAAAACAGCAAGAAUUUUAUCACAAAUAUCAGAGAAGCUAGGGAGGAGAAAGGAAUCGGAUCCGUUUGCACGCGAUUUUGCAUCCGAUUUGAACCAGGAUAAGGUACCAGAAGGUGCAUGGCCUGAGGGCAAUCAUCUAGGUUUUCCCAAUGUCAAAGCAUCUCAAUUACCACUCUCUUUCCCAACUCCAAAAUCUGAAGAUUUUUCUUCUAUUCUGCACCCUCCUGGCCCCCUUAAUAUCCCAGAGCUUUCGCGAAGCCGCAGCUAUUCCUCAGUAAGAUCAGGAAGAAGUACAACAGGCACAAGGCCUUCAGGGGGAUCGACCAGUUCGAUAUCUUCACUGAGCGCCACUAUUCCCCCUUCAUCGCCAUCAGAUUCUCUAUUCCAUGAUUCGGACUCAGCCGCCCAAUGUUCAGCCGCCACAACACCCACAGGGCAACUUCAGCCACAAUACCCUGACAUCAACAACUCUUUCCGCUCUACAUUUGCUCGUGCAUCGGUAUUGAUCCGCAAGUCAAUUGAAAUUGACGGUGUUGUCUUUGUGGAUGCCGACUUGGAGGACUCGUAUGAUAUCGAUGAUUGUAUAGACUCACCAAAAAAUACGCCACCGGAGCCAAUGUUUGAUUAUUCCGCAAAACAUCGACAAAGACCGAAGAAGUACCGUCGAAGAUCUGGGAUUCUUGGUUAUGCCACAAAGGGAGGUACCUCUUGCACAAAUCCCUUUGAUAAUGACAGCAUGAUCCGUCGAGGUAGCGAGUUGGAGAGAAGCCUCGGAUUUGAUAUUGGCGAGAUUGAGGAGUCUUUUUUACGCACCAUGGCACAUCGCUGGCCGCACGGUCAUAUCUUCUCGUGCAAUCAGUCUAGCCCGCGUGAGGCUGAGACGGGCUCAGAUGAUGACUCUGAAUAUACACCAGAUUGCGAAAAGUCUACAGGAGGAAAGUAUAUGAAAGAAGUAGAGAUAUUGAAACGUUUUUUGCCAGGGAGUACUAAUGUUGUCUGUAUGCCCAUGUAUGACUUUUCUGGAAAACUUUUUUCAGUGGGAUUCGCCUGGAGCUGCUCCAGAGUUAGAGUAUUCAGUGAUGAUGUGGAGAAGAGCUUCAUGGCAGCGUUCGGGAACAGCAUUAUGGCAGAAGUAGGGAGGCUGCAUUGUGUUAGUGCGGAUAAGGCGAAGGGUGACUUUAUCUCGUCGGUCUCACAUGAACUUCGAUCACCAUUACAUGGAAUUCUAGCGAGUGCCGAGUUCCUAGCGGAUACGGAUCUUGAUAGCUUCCAGAGGAGCUUUGUCGAUACUAUUGAGAGCUGUGGGCGUACGCUACUCGACACCAUAAACCACGUUCUAGACUUUUCAAAAUUAAAUAGCUUUGGGAAUAAAUGGACUGGAACGGCGUCAUCAAUGAAGAAGGAGAGCAUAGUCCGAAGAAUGAGUCGGCAACGUGGGCGGUCUGCUUCGGUAUGCUACGAAAGCCCGGAAGAGUUCAAGAGCGAUGACAAUCAAGAACCGAAACCGAGUCAAUGUGCCGGGGGUCUAUCUGCAUCUGUGAAUGAUGUUGUUCACUUGACUGCGGAAACGGACUUGAGCGCUAUCUUGGAAGAGGUGACGGAAGGUGUAUUUGCGGGCUAUGAAUUUAGGGGAAUAAGCACGCCAGGGAUAAUGGAGGUUGUUGGGACUUCAAAAACUGAAGGAAAUGGAAGACCAGCCGGGGCGAAAAAUGACAUUACGGUUAUCAUCGAUGUUGAUAGACGCGAUGAUGGGUGGGUGUUUGAAACGCAACCAGGCGCAUUGCGAAGAAUCUUUUUGAACUUGGGAGGAAAUGCGAUCAAAUAUACGGAUUCUGGUUGGGUCCGAAUCAAGAUGAGGGCGGAGGACUUGCCAAGCAAAGGUGAUGAAGAUAAGAAAUCCCUUGUUACGUUGACUUUUACGGACUCCGGAAAGGGUAUAAGCAGAGAAUUUUUGAAGACACGGUUAUUCACACCUUUCAGUCAAGAGAACCCGCUUGUCAGCGGGACAGGGCUGGGUAUGAGCAUUGUCAGGCAGAUUGUCGAAAUGCUAGGCGGUGAGAUUGGUGUGAAGAGUCAGCCUGGUAAGGGAACGGAGGUGACUGUCAGCCUGGUGCUGAAGAGGGUCUUGAAGACGAGGCCUGACCAGUCUCUUAACCAAGAGACGAACGGACAAGAUUCUGUGAUUGAAAAAAUUAGAGAGAGGACCAAGGGAAAGAGAGUUUCUUUGCUCGGUUUCGAUUCUACGCCCCCAGAAUCUGAAGCUCAAAUGCGAGCGACUGCGUUUCUUAGAAGUUCGCUUGAAAGCUAUGUCACCAAAUGGUUCGGGAUGGAUAUCAUCCCAAACUCUUCGUCUUAUUCUACUAGUGAUAAGGUAGACUUUGUUAUUACAAACGAAGGGGCUAUGGUUAAUGCACAUCUGGCGCUUCCUGAGGAAGCAGGCAAAAACAUGCCCGGGAAGACUGGAGGGAUACCAUUGAUUGUUAUCUGCUCGAACGCAGCAAGGCAUGAAAUCUACCAGCCUUUAAAUACCGCUGAGAAUAAGGGGAUUGCUGGGUUUGUGUCAAAGCCAUGCGGGCCCAUGAAACUCGCGAAAGCUCUAGCGUCUUGUCUAGAUCAGAUGGAGGCGGCAUUGAAAUCCCAAGCAGCAGUAUCUACCUCCACCAAAACGGAUACAUUGGUCUCUCAAUCACAAUCGAAUAAAACUAUCCAUUGUACAGAGGCCAAUACUUUGCCGAAAAACAGACCUUCUCCUCCUCCUCGUCCUAAGAGGCGUUCUACUGAGGUCAAUCUCUCAUCCAAGAGUUUUCAUUGUCUGUCCACAGAAAUUCCGGUUACGGUAACACCCAGCACACCAAUCGAAAAGGAUGACAGCCCAAUCUCACGAUGGAAACAAGGGGUUGGGCGGAUAACCUCUCUCAACUUGAAUGAUGAAAAUGGGGGCAAGAAACUUCCCAGAACCCUCAUCGUGGAGGACAAUCCAGUCAACUUAAUGCUUUUGGCAACGUUCUUAAAGAAGAAGGGCUAUCCAUUCGAAAAAGCCACGAAUGGACUCGAAGCUUAUCAAGCCGUCGAGAAAAAUCCCGAAGGUUUCGAUAUCAUUCUCAUGGACCUGCAAAUGCCAGUCAUGUCAGGUAUCGAAUCUACCAGAGCUAUACGAACAUUGGAACGACAACGACGACGGAAGGGCAGUUUGAUCAUCGCACUCACUGGGUUAGCGACUGCAAAUGAUCAACUCGAGGCCUUUGAAGGGGGGAUAGAUUUGUUUAUGGUGAAGCCAGUUUCAUUCAAACAUUUAGAAAAGACAUUACAAGAGCUCAAGCUAGAGGAUCAAGACUAG